AUCCUAAGGCACCUGUGACAUCAAGAUCAAGGUUGAGGUUUGUUUACAUCGGGUGCCAUGUGAGGCCAAGAGGAGGACUAUUACCUAUUUUACCUCCCUGUGAUGUCCGCCGUGACCUGACAAGAUGCUGUGUGCUCGCCGGGUCCUCAGCGCGGUGCAGCAGGGUCCAGGGGCCGCCGGUACCUGCAGGAGGCGGCUGUGGGCGGCCUGCCUGGGCUCGCCGGCGCCGCUGCAGCCUCGCCGGGACUCAAGGCAGGAAAUAAUUGAAUCAAGACCCAAGCCUGUCUCCGUCAUGGUCUCUGCUUGGAGGAUGAAACACAGAAAUCGAGGUGGUGGUGGUGGUGGUGGUCGAGAGAACGGCAAGCAUGACAUAUCACACCUCUUCAUUCCAGUGCCAGUUAAGGCAAGACAGGAUGAGAUAAAUGUCGGGGAGGAAAUGGCUGGACCUCUGAAGAAAGAAGACAUUCUGCGCAUCCUCAAUCGUUUUUACACAAAUGAUACCGUCAAAGAGUUAGCCAAAGAAAAUGGCUUGGAUAAUUACCUCUACCAGCAGACCUUCAUCAGUUUUCGCAAGUUCUGCCUCGAGUCUGAGAGUCUUCCCGUUGACCUGCACAUCAUCAUCAGCGAUGUCGUUCAGGGUGCUGGACACAUUCAUGACAUCUACCCAACCUUCCUGAAGCAUGCCCAGAAGAUUUUUCCCCAUCUCAUAUGUAUGGAUGACCUUUACAAAAUAUCAGACCUGUCAAACCCCCCAAACUGGUACACAGAAGCAAGAGCACUCAAUCGAAAGGUGAUUUUUCAUGCUGGACCAACAAAUAGUGGCAAGACCUACCACGCGAUGGAAAGAUUUCUGAGUGCUGAGUCUGGCAUUUACUGCGGCCCCCUCAAGUUGCUGGCUAGUGAGGUCUUCAACAAAAGCAACAGCCGGGGUACACCAUGUGACUUGGUAACUGGUGAAGAAAGAAGGUUUGGCAACACUGACGGCGUUGCAGCCAACCACGUGGCCUGCACUGUAGAGAUGGCGUCUGUCAACACCCCUUAUGAAGUCGCCGUUAUUGACGAGAUUCAGAUGGUUCGUGAUCCCACCCGGGGCUGGGCUUGGACGAGAGCCUUGCUGGGUCUGAAUGCUAAGGAAAUCCAUGUGUGUGGGGAAGCAUCUGCGAUUGGACUUGUCAAUGAACUGGCCAUCGCUGCCGGGGAGGAAGUGGAGGUCAGAAGGUACAAGAGAUUAACGGACUUGACGAUAGAAGACUACGCCCUGCAGACGCUGGACAACGUACAUCCAGGGGACUGUAUCGUUUGCUUCAGCAAGAGAGACAUCCAUCAGGUGACCCGGGAGAUUGAGCGCAGAGGUCAUGAAGUUGCCGUCAUUUAUGGAGGGCUCCCUCCAGGCACCAAGCUGGCUCAGGCUCACAAGUUUAAUGACCCAAACCAUCCGUGCAAUAUUCUGGUUGCAACGGACGCCAUCGGAAUGGGACUUAACCUGAGCAUUCGCCGCAUCAUCUUCUACUCCCUCAUCCGCCCAAACAUCAACGAGAAGGGGGAGAUAGAGAUGGAGACUAUCAGUGUGUCAUCGGCCCUGCAAAUCGCUGGCCGGGCGGGACGAUACGGGACCCAGUGGGAUCAUGGUUAUGUCACUACAAUGAAGUCUGAAGAUCACUCCACCCUGUGUAGGCUGCUGUCACAUGUGCCAGAUGAUAUUGAGCAGGCAGGACUGCACCCAACAGCUGAUCAAAUAGAACUGUUUGCCUAUCACCUGCCCAGCUACACACUCUCCAAUCUCGUUGAUGUUUUUGUGAAUCUGUGCACCAUGGACUCCUCUCUCUACUUCAUGUGCCUGAUGGAUGACUUCAAAUUCCUUGCUGACUUGAUCCAGCACAUUCCUCUGCCCCUUCGCUCCCGCUACGUCCUCUGCUGCUCUCCCAUCAAUAAGAAGAUGCCUUUCGUGUGUGCCAUGUUCCUUAAGUUCACACGGCAGUUGUCCCAGAACGAGGCUGCCACCCUAGACUGGCUGUGUCAUCAAGUGAAGUGGCCGUUCUCCACCCCUUCUACCCUGCUGGACCUGGUGCACCUGGAGGAAGUUUACGACGUCUUUGACCUCUACCUGUGGCUCAGUUACCGCUUCCCUGACAUGUUUCCUGAGGGAGACUUAGUGAGGGACCUGCAGAGGGAGCUGGAUGGUUUGAUAGAGGAUGGCGUUACUCAGAUUGUGAGGCUCCUGCGCAACUCUGAUUCCCGCACCUCCAACACGGCUGCAGAAACAGAGGACACCUUCAUCAUGGACCAGCGCAAGAAAAGCUCGUCCAGAGGAAAUCGUACUCUGUCCAUGGCCAAUGCAGAGACUAUCCUUCAAGAUGCUGCGGCGGCCCAGAAAGGGAAGCUUCCUGGACAGCCUAGAAAAAAGACCAUGAGCCGGGGGACCCUCACGGAUCGCCUCCUUGCUCAGGGCCUUCUGUCACCUAAAAUGUUGGCCGAGCUGCAGAGGGAGUGGCAGAUACAGGGCUCGGAAGAUGGGGAGAAUGAUGAUGGAAGCUCCUCUGGCAGACCAAGGAGAAAUAAGCCUGGAAAAAGAUGAUAGACUAAUGCAAAUAUGUCUUCUGUCACCUAAAAU